AUGCCGUCCAUCCUCUCCGACGCUGACAAGGAGACGGUGAAGAGGACUGUGCCCAAAGCCUCCAACAAGAUCCAGGCCGUUGCUGUCGCUCGUCUCUAUGUCUCUCUCCCCAACAGCAACCGAUGGACCUAUACUGGUCUUCAAGGCGCCGCUGUCCUCUCCAACGACCUGGUGGGAAAUACCUUCUGGAUCAAGCUCGUCGAUAUCUCUCCCGCAAACCGAGGCGUGAUAUGGGAUCAAGAAAUAUACGACACCUUUCAAUACAACCAGGAUCGCACAUUCUUCCAUUCCUUCGAACUCGAACAAUGUCUCGCCGGUUUAUCCUUUGUCGACGAGAAAGAGGCCCGACAAUUCAAGAAAAAGAUGGACGAGCGCGAGAAAAACGCCAGCAAACAUACAAAAGCCCAGCCUUUCGCAUCUGCCGCUGGAGGAGGCCAGAUCCACGUUCCCGGAGGCUCUCAUAAACACCACAGUCGAGUUAGCAACCUGUUCCGUGGUCACCGGCAUAGCUCUGCAUCACAACAGCCACCACUUGCCCCCCAGCCGAUUUACAGCACGGGGCUUGCCCCGGCAAGCUACCCCCGGGGCAAUGCAGACACAAUCGAUCUUGCCGAUCCAAGCUUGAGGCCGAUCUUGGAUGAAUUGGUACAAAUGGGCAUCACCGAAGAUCAGAUUGCCCAAAACGUCGACUUUAUCAAGCGUUAUGUGCAAGAAAAGCAGGCAGAAGGAACCGGCUAUGGAACUGGUUCGGCCAUACCGACAGUGACCGCUACCGAGACGAGAUCAAGGGCACCGCCGCCACCGCCGCCUCCGUCAGCGCCCCCGUCGAGAAUUAGCCCUGAAAAUACUGGCUCCUCGAGCCGGAGAGGCCCUCCUCCAGCGCCUCCGCCGUCAAGAAGACCUGUGGGCGGGCGAGCACCUUCACCUCCUCGUUCAAGCCCUCCUCCACCAGCAAGGACGCCUUCACCUCCCCCCUCAGCAAGUCCCCAGCCUAGAUUCCGCGCUCCUCCACCUAUCGCCGAUGCGGGCAAGUUUGCUGUUAAAGAAGGUCCAGCACUUCACCCAUCUGGCCGAGCUCGAGCUUCUUCAGGCUCCCUUGCAAAUCCAGGUCCUCCGCCUCCGCCUCGUCCCCCGAAAACCCCGAUUGAGGAGGAACAGCCCCAGGGUGGUUUGUUUAGAGUCCCGCCACCAUUUACGGGGGAACGCAAGUCUUCUGCGCCCCCACCUCCGCCGAGUCGUGGACCUGUUCCUCCGCCGCCACCUAGUCGUGAGACACCAACUCCUUAUGCUGGGCCACCACCCCCAUUACCGCCCAAAGCAGGACAAACGCCGUCGCAUUCUGCGUUGUUCAUUCCUCAACCUCCGCCGCCUCCACCAGCGCGCAAUAAUGCACCUCCUUUGCCGCCUCCGAAUACUCGAGCAGUCCCUCCUCCGCCUACAGGUGCUGUUCCGCCACCUCCUCCCCCACCACCACCUAUGCCCUCUUCUUCCGGUCCGCCUCCACCGCCUCCGAUGCCUUCCUUUGGCGGCCCUCCCCCACCUCCUCCCAUGCCGUCCUCUGGCGGGCCUCCACCGCCUCCUCCUAUGCCCAGCUCUUCUGGACCUGCUCCUCCUCUUCCUCAAGCAGGAGGCGAUGGCCGUGACUCGCUCCUGGCGGCCAUCCGCGGCACAGGUGGGAAAGCUGGUGGUGGGCUACGCAAGGUCAAGGACAGCGACAAGCGCGACCGUAGUGCGGCCUUGGUCCCAGGCUCAGAGAGUAGUGCUCCUCCACCGCCUCCAGGAGCUCCGGGAUCUCCCUCCACACCAGCAGGGGAUCAAGGUGGUCUAGCUGGGGCAUUGGCGGCAGCGUUGAGCCAGAGGAAGAAGAAAGUUAGUGGCAGCGAUGACGAGAAGGAUGACGAUGACGAUUGGUGA